GUAUGCUCUCAGCUAAUGGACAAAUUAACUGAGAUGGCGGACGACACAUCGGAUCGUAUCCAUUCAGAAGUAAACUAUGACGAGGCAAUCAUAGCUCAGGUUGACAAUAUCCAGAAAGAGAUUGCAGACACACAGGAUUUGAUAGGCAACAAAUUAGAUAUUCUGAAUCUCCUAAAUGAAUACUCCAAUGACGACUUUAUAUAUCAAGCUAAAAUUAAGAAUUUAUCGCUGAGGUAUUCCCAUAUACGAAAAACCAGAGGUGAUGGGAAUUGUUUCUUUAGGGCAUUUGGUUAUGGUUACUUUGAGAAGUUAUUGGAUGACAAAGYAGAAUAUGAAAGAUUUAAAUCCCUUGCUGGUAAAAGCAAAGAUGAGCUAGUUUCUCUUGGUUUUCCAGCACUAACAAUUGAGGAUUUUCAUGAUGUGUUCAUGGAAACUAUAGAAAUGAUUGGCAAGGAGCAAUCAGCUGAAGAACUUCUUAAGACAUUCCGUGAUGAAGGAAUAUCAAAUUACUUAGUUGUCUAUUUGAGGUUAUUAACAUCUGCACAGCUACAAAAGAAAGCAGAAUUUUUUGAAAACUUUAUUGAAGGUGACAGAACAGUCAAGGAGUUUUGUAAUCAGGAAGUAGAACCCAUGGCUAAAGAGAGUGAUCAUAUUCAUAUUAUAGCCCUAACAGAUGCCCUUGGAAUAUGUAUAAGAGUAGAAUAUGUUGACAGAACAGGGACAACAGAUGUCAACCACCAUGAUUUUCCAGAAGAUGGUCAAAAACCCCAGCUAACAUUACUGUACAGACCUGGCCACUAUGAUGUUUUAUACAAAGCUGAUACUUGAUGUCCAUARAAUGAGCAGAAUUCAAAAUGAUAAUAUAAUAUUGCCUUCCUUUAUGGAYAGUAAUAUUGUUUUUACACUGAACUUGCUGUUCUCUGAUAUUUUUUUCUUGCUAUUUCAACCUAGCAUUUUAAGUGAUACAAGGSAAGAAUUUCAACUUUCACAAUUUAAAUUUUAAAAUAGUUAGAACUUGUCCAUUGAAAAGGCCAUUGUUAUGRGUCCAGUCACACUGGUUUAACGUUUAUUUAAAUCAAAAAGAUCCUUGUAUUUGUUUGUACAUAUGUAGUGUGGAAAUGAAAACUAUUUUUCACUGCUUUGUUACUCAGAUAUUAUUUCACAUUGUGGUAGAAUUUUCUGAAGAUCUUGUAUGGCAUCUUGUCUGUUUUUUAUUCUUGUAGUUCCAGAUAUAUUCAGUCUUUUCAAGAUUCUAGAAAAUAAAUAUAUUGUUUUGUUCACAAUAUUAA